AUGGAGGAGAAGAAUUCUGUGUGCCUGGGAACUGAGGUGGGAGGGAAAGAUGGCCCCGAAGGAGAUGCUCACCAUCUGCUCUGUGUCUCUCUCCUCCCGACAGCCGCCGCCGAGGAGGGGCUGAUCCGGCUGGUGAACGGCUCCGUCCCCCACGAGGGGCGGGUGGAGGUGUUCCAUGACCGGCACUGGGGGACGGUGUGCGACGACAGCUGGGACAAAAAGGAUGGGGACGUGGCCUGCAGGAUGCUGGGUUUCCGAGGCGCCGAGGAGGUGUACAGGAUGGCCAGGUUCGGGCAAGGUAUAGGGCGGAUCUGGAUGGACGACGUCGCCUGCAAAGGCACAGAGGACAGUCUGUUUCAGUGCACCUUCUCCAGCUGGGGGAAGAGCAACUGCGGCCACGCCGAGGACGCUGGAGUGAAAUGCCUCACGCAGUGACCUCAAGGACAAGCCGCCAGCAGGAAGCCAGAUUAUCCCACCAAGAGGGGGCUGUGCCGAGAGAGAGGGACACACUGAGAAAUGCUGCAGCAACCACCCGUAUAUCCUUAGCCAAGCCGCCUGCUCCAGGGUGACUGAGAAUGUGCCUUUUGCCUCCGGGCUCACUGCCGAGUCUGUCGUCUUCUGAUCUACAGCGACUCCUCUCCCGUGUGCCCCACCGUCCUGGGUAAUAUUAGCACUUCCUGUAGCCUUCCCCCUCCUUGCCUUGUCUGUCUCUUGCUCUCGCUUCUAGACCAAAGUGAAGGCUGCAAAGCCAUUAUCCCUAUCCGCCCCUUCUCCUUUCCCCAGCCCUGUAAUAUACGUGGGUAUUUUAACAGCCGCUGAGACUCAUCAUCUUGCCGCGGGCUAGUAGGACUGGACUGUGAGACCGGUGCCACGGCUCGCAAAGCCUCCGAGGUAGAUACAACGAGGAGCAACUGCACUUAGGCUGGCCGGAGUGGGACGUAUUCUCCUGUUUAGCUUAGCAAACCAGCGAACCAGCCCCAGCCUAUACGUCCUCAAACAUUUUAGUAGAGAAAUAAAUGUCUUUUUACUCUUCUCGACUUCCCCCCCAUUGCACUACUUGGAAAGCGGAAGGCAGAUGACUGGGGCCCACGGGGAGUCGCCAGGCGCCAGUCACAAAAGCCGAUGCAAGCGAAGCCAUUGCUGAGAGAGAUUCCUUACUCAUUACACCUGGUGGGUGCAGAGGCUGCAUCAGUCUAUUUAAACCCAGUGAUGUCUGACCUUGCU